GUACCCCGAGCCCUCACAGCUCUGGUGAAACAGGUUUUGCUUCCUCCUUUUUGCAUAUAAAGCAGAGCUCUGACCAAAAGAGAUCCACCAGCAUCAACCACCAUCCACCACCAUCACCAAAGACCUCCUGAAGAAGCUCAUCUCCAGGCAGCAAGCAUGCAUCCCAUCGUCUUCAGACUGGCCUGCCUGGCUCUUUUAGCCGGUGUCCUGGCCCUGAUGGUUCAGGAAUCUGAAGCGGUGGGCGAUAAGGUGUCUGAAUGCUGUAAGAAGGUCAGCACCCUGAAAAUCAACAUUACCAUCUCAGGCUUUAGGUUGCAGAAGAAAGACCCUCCCUGUGUGAAAGCUGUCAUCUUUAAGACCACAGAAGGAGAACAAUGCGUCUACUGGAGGCUGUCCUGGGUGACGGACAAGGUCAAGGAGCUGCGGGCAGCAAACAAAAACUCCACAAAUGCUUCGCAAACCACUCUGUGAUCUCACUUCUUAUCAUGACCGUCAAGCCACUGAUUUUACUGUAACAUAUUUGAAGUUAAAAUGUAUUUAUUAAAAUAUUAUCUUAUAUGAUGGUUCAGAAUAUUGUAUAUCGCAAUCAUAUUGAGAUACAAAUAAUGUAUUCAUCAACUUUUUAAUAAAAGCAUAAAAAUCAAUUAGAGCUAAGCCUAACUAGUGAAUAACGGCUUGGUAGUGCACUCCGGUGGAAAAAUCAUCAUUAACUGUGCACAAGGCAUGUACAGUAAUGCUUUGAGCGUGCGUCAUGCCAUGUGCUGGUCUUCGUUCUACAUUUGUCCUCUCUGGUAUUGGCCUUCAAGAUCACUGCUUAAAAAGAAGAACCUGACCAGGAAGGAGAAGAGACAGACUCCACUUCCCCUGCUAAACCACAACUUUCUGAGAGUCCUCUUCCUCCCACGUUGGGCCAGGUCCUGGCAGAGCAAGCCUUCAACUGGUCUAAAGAUUCUUUAGCUGGAGGUCCUCUCAUUGCCCAAGUUAACGUUACUUAAUUCUUUGAAAUACAAUAAAAUGUUCAUUGUUUGAAAUUCGUACCCUCUUA